AUGACAUUCAGCAGAGUCCCACCCCAAAAACCACAGCGCUCUAGAUUUCUGAAACGAGAACACAAAUCCAACUACCUUAUGGAAUCUCCAAUUUCCAAACCAGCUCCGCCCUGCUUCCCCCCCGCCUGUCACCCUCUCAUCAGUGACCCAUCAGACCUCAACCUCCCAAGUCAGUCCUUUGGCUCCUUAAACCUAACACGAAAAGCAUUACCAACAUCUCGUACCUGCUUCCAGCAAGGCGGCCUCCCAGGCCCGCCACACAUCGGCUCCGGCUCACGCUUCUCUUUCCAGCAAGGCGGUCCGCCCGGCUUGGUGCAGCGAGUUUCCAGUUCCGGGACAGGGCUGCGCUUCUUCCAGCAGGGAGCGCCCCUCCACGGCUGGUACCGGGGCUCAACCUCGGGGACUACUGGCUCAUGUUUCUAG